GAGAAUUUCUUCCUCGGACGCCACUGAAUGAUCGAGAAGCAGUCUGUCUCCCUCUCUCUAUGGAUGUUUCGUCUCAGUCGUCUUGGCGAUCGCAGUAGCCACACUCUGCAAUUUUCUUCCUUCGUUCUCUUUCGCUCUGCUCCACGACGGAAUCCAACCCCACCCUCUUUCAUCUCUUGUUAAAAUCUUUGUCGGACUCUCAAUCCGAUUUCGUCUUCUGCUUUUCUAGUUGUCCAUUCUCCGCCUCAAGUCUCCUGGGACUCUUUAACAAGGGCACCUUCUCGACAGUUCUUGGCGAAAGAGCGACGUGUUCGACGAGCUGAGUCGCUACAUUCGUCUAGUCGAGACUUCGUUUUCUACUUCAUUGGGUGUUCAGUUUGAGGAAUGAAAUUGGCCUUUACUUCAAAAUCCGGUCCUCAAGUAGACUACUAAGCAGAUUGUUGAGUACCUUCGAUCAUUGACUGGACUUUGACGCGCUUUAAUCUAAAUUUUCCUUUUUGGGUCUUCGACGGAUUAAGGAAGAUUGAGUUGCGGGACGGUCGAUUUGAAGGUUGACUGUGUAUGCAGUUAAAACGAUGUUAGAACUGAUGAAUAAACCUUUUUUGACGUCACAGCUUGCACUUUUUCCACAUCAUUUCAGAACGCCCCAAAAGAGCCUUGGCACUUCGGCCAUGGAAAGUAGUGGCGCCAGCUCUUUCCUGAGGAAUAGAAAGCUGGAGAGCUUGUUGAAUGCGGGCUCCAUAGAAACUUUUGGAGUUUCGUCGAAAGCCUCGGCGAAAGAAGAGGUGGGAUAUCGGCCAAGGACUGAUGGAUAUGUUGACGACGAUGGGUGGCUUUCCGAGUUGAUAUCGUGGAUAAGAAUAGCGAUGUGCUUCUUGUCGAUGAUGGUUACAACCUUCGUAUGGGCAUUGAUCAUGGUUGUUCUGAUCCCAUGGCCAUACGAAAGAACAAGGCAGGGAAAUAUUUAUGGGCACGUCACUGGUAGACUGCUGAUGUGGAUCUUGGGAAAUCCUAUAGAGUUUGAAGGGUUGGAAUAUGCUGAUGAGAAGGCCAUCUAUAUUUGCAAUCAUGCAUCUCCAAUUGAUAUUUUCCUUAUAAUGUGGUUGACUCCAACAGGCACUAUUGGUAUUGCGAAAAAGGAGAUUAUCUGGUACCCCCUGUUUGGACAGCUUUAUGUAUUGGCCAACCAUCUCCGCAUAGAUCGCUCAAACCCCACUGCAGCCAUCGAGUCGAUGAAGGAGGCAGCUCAUGCCGUGGUUAAAAACAAUCUGUCUCUGAUCAUAUUCCCUGAGGGCACCCGGUCAAAGAAUGGACGGCUGCUUCCUUUUAAGAAGGGUUUUGUACACUUGGCCUUGCAAGCACGGCGAUCGAUAGUGCCUAUAGUCUUGACCGGGACCCAUCUAGCAUGGAGAAAGGGCGGUUUACACGUUCGACCCGCACCUCUUACUGUAAAGUUCCUUCCCCCGAUCAAAACUGAUGAGUGGACUGCUGAUCAUAUUGAUGAGUAUGUGGAAAUGGUCCAUGACAUGUAUGCGAAACACCUUCCUGGGUCGCAGAGGCCUCGUGCAUCGAAUACUGUUGCUAGGAACAAUUCAGUUUCCUAGGUGAAUUUCUUUUCUGUUCAACUUGGUGUCAUUUUAGAUGAGGAAGCAUGUACUGUUUUAACUCCUGGAAUAAAGCACCGCGACGCGGAUGCAGUUUUGAGGUUGCCUCAAAAA